GGCUGAUCUAUUGCUGAGGGAAGGUCUCUUCCCAUUCAUUUACCUUGAAUCUGAUCCUCAUGCUUCUUUGGACAUCACUAUUGAUUCUUGUAUCUGUCAAUGGACAAACACCUGCUUUAAAGAAAGUUGUGGUGAUACCAAAUCCUCCAUGGACCCCUAUUUUCAAGGGGGAGAAGGUGACUCUGACCUGCAGUGGAUUCCAUUUUCAAGAUCCAGGGAAAUUGUGGUGGUUCCUUGAGCAUCAAUGGCAAAAAAAGUCAAACCCUCUUGAGGUUGAAAAGGCUGGAGAAUACAGAUGCCAUUUGGAGGGCCUCUCCCCUAGUGAUCCUGUGUACCUGGUCCUUUCUACUGAUACACUGAUUCUUCAAACUCCAUACUCUGUUUUUGAAGGAGACACAUUGCUCCUGAGAUGCCAUGGGAAGGCUAAAUCACUUAAAGACAUUUCAUACUAUAAAGACAAAAAGUCCUUUUCUUAUGUCAGUGAAAAUUCAGUGCUCUCAAUCCCUCAUGCAAAUUCAAAUCAUAGUGGUCAAUACUAUUGCAAGGCCAAGUUGGGGAAUAGAUUGUAUCCAGACACUUCAAAAGAGGUAAAGGUCCAAGUCCAAGAGCUGUUUCCACCCCCUGAGCUGAAAACCACAACCCCUGAGCCCACUGAGGGAACCUCAGUGACCCUGAGCUGUGAAACCCAGCUCCCUCCACAGAGGUCAGACACAGAGCUGCACUUCUCCUUCUUCAGAGAUGACAGGAUCCUCAUGUCAGGCUGGAAUAAAUCCCAUGUGCUCCAGAUCCCAGUCAUCUGGAAGGAAGACUCUGGGUCAUAUUGGUGUAAGGCAAAAUCAGUGACUCAGAUUAUCAGGAAACAAAGCAACCCUGUGAAGAUCAGUGUGAAAAGAAUCCCCGUCUCUGGCAUCCUCCUGGAGACCCAGCCCCCAAGGACACAACUGAUUGAAGGACAGAAGCUGGUCCUCAUCUGCUCAGUAGCCAAGGGAACAGGAAAUAUUACAUUCUGCUUGUACAAAGAUGUCACCAAUGAUUGUCUAAGAAAGAAGACACAGUACUCAUUGAGGGAAGAGUUUGUGUUCUCUGCUGUGAACAAGAGUGAUGAAGGGAGAUAUUAUUGUGUGGCGGACAAUAACAACAACACCAUCAACAGCAGCAUAGUGGCUGUCACUGUGAUAAUUCCAGUGUCUCAUCCUCUUCUCACCCUCAGUGCAGUUGAGAUGCAGGCUGCUGAGGGGGAAGUGGUGGAGUUUCGAUGUGAAGUCCUCAAAGGUUCUGCUCCAAUCUUUUAUCAGUUUUAUCAUAAGGAUUUAAUCUUGAAGACCAUAUCGGCCCCAUUUGGAGGAGCAGUAUCCUUUAACCUCUCUGUGACAACUGAGAAUAAUGGGAAUUACUUCUGUAUGGCCAGCAACAGCUUCAAUGGCCAGCGCAGUGAUAUUCUGGCACUUUCCAUCUCAGAGCCUGCAGAAAGGGUCCUACUCAUCAUGGGAGUUACUGUGUCUUUGCUUGGCAUUCUGGGACUUGGUGCUAUUUCCCUUUUGGUUUACUUCAAGCUCAAGAUGAAAUCAGGAGGAAGCCCUGUCCCUGAGCCUUCCAGGGACCUAUCCAUCACAGACCCCCAAGAAUCUGGCCAUUCAAAGUCAAUCACCCCGGUGGAGCAGCAGCCAAUAUAUGCCAAUGUGACUCCAUUCACAAAGGAUGUGGUCUAUUCUGAAGUAUGGAAUAUGAAUCAGAAAAAAAGAAAUACAGCAGACACCUCAGAGAACCCUACAGAGGAUGAGGACUCCUCAGUCAUGUAUUCUGAGGUGAAGACAUAUAGCCCCAGUGAAUCAACAGGGAACGAUAGGGCCAUGGAUGGGAGCCAUGAAGAUGUUACAGAAAAUUAUGAAAAUGUCCUGCUUUCCUGACCUUAUGAUCCUAGACCCUAAACCCAUCGAAUUCUUUAAGGAUCUUCAGUUUAUAUAACUGACUUUCUUUUCUGGUACUCUUUCUUAAAUUACUCUGAGGUGAGGCUAGUUCAUACUUUAUUCAGUGAGUGAACUUAGCAAGAAGGACCAGGAGCCCACAUAAAAUAUGGUUGUAGAAAAAUAAAGAUAAAGAAAAGGUCAAACUAAAGUCAGUCUCCUCUAAAGCCAUCUGAAGAACAGUGAGAAACUGUGCCAAAUCAAACAACAAAUUAUCACAAAAAUAGAUGGACAAAAAAAAUCUAUAUUAGUAUACUUUUGUUGUUAAGUCAGUUAGUCAUGUCCAAUUCAUGACUCUAUUUGGAGUUCUUUUGGCAAACAGUAAAAAUAAGCAUCAUUAAAAAAGAAACCACAUUAUGCUUAAGGUCACCAUAGACAACAAAAUAAAAUCAGUGAUAAAUACAUAUGCACUUAAAAAUAUAUAU